CUCACCUGAAUGGUCCUCAGCCCCUCAGUGCUCGUGUAACAGUGAGUGUGGUUAUACGUUCAACUUCACCAGCAUUUACAUGAACCGCGUUACAUAUUUACAAGAACGGUUUAAUUACCUACUAAAACCACACUGUACCCGAAACAUUGAUCUUGGCCGGAGGAGAACAAUGAGCUGAAACUGUACAUGUCAUUUAAAGGCCUCCCCAAAAAAUAAUGCACCGCUGGAGUAGCCGCUUUCCCCGAGUCCCAGAAUUAGCCCAGUCUUGUCGCUAGCGUUGGCCUGCGGUAGGGCGGGAAGGAGUGUCAGCGUGCGUGGAGGUGUGGGGUGCGCUUGCGAUGUGUAAAAUGAGCGAGAAGGAGGGGGAGGAGAGGGCCCCUUUGAUCGAGGAGACGGCCCACCUCCUCAACCCUUUCGUCCAUCGCCUGGAGCUGAACACUGCUUAUGAUAAGUUCAAGCUGGUGUUCAUGUCGGUGGUGGUGCUGCCGGUGAGGGUGGUGGGCAUAGUGGUGUGCUUGCUGGUGGCCUACGUGCUGGCUUCGGCGGGCCUGUGGGGACUUUCUCGGGAGGACCUCUCUGCCCGGCCCUUAAGUGGAUGGCGGCGUGUGAUGAAGGAGUUGGUACGGGGUUGGGUACGGGGGGUCUUCACGGCAGGGGGCUUCCAUCUGGUGCAGGUGAAGGGACAGCAGGCACACCCAAAAGAAGCUCCCAUCCUGGCGGUGGCACCACACUCAUCCUACUUCGAUGCACUGCCCAUAGUGGUGAUGGGAGCCCCUAGCGUCGUCGCAAAGGGGGAGGUCACCAGUGUUCCCUUCUUUGCAAAAUACAUAGACUACACUCAGCCUGUUUAUGUGUGGCGUGAAGACCCCAACUCUCGUCAAAACACUAUUCAGGAAAUUAAGGAGCGGGCAAGCAGUGAAGAAGAGUGGCCGCAGAUCAUGGUGUUCCCUGAAGGCACCUGCACCAAUCGCUCAUGCCUCAUCACCUUCAAGCCAGGUGCCUUUUACCCUGGUGUGCCUGUUCAACCUGUCCUCAUUCGCUACAACAAUCGCACAGACUCCUUCACUUGGACCUGGGAUGGGCCUGGAGCGUUGAAAAUGCUGUGGGUGACACUCUGCCAAUUUCACAAUUAUUGUGAACUGGAAUACCUUCCAGUCUAUACUCCGAGUGAAGAAGAAAAGCAAGAUGCCAAAUUGUUUGCCAAUAAUGUUCGGCAAGUUAUGGCCGAUGCAUUGGGUGUGCCAGUUGCAGAUUACACUUAUGAUGACUGCCGCUUAAUGCACAAGGCCAAGCUCAAGAAUUUGCCAUGUGAGACAGGCCUUAUUGAGUUCCUGAAGCUUCGUCAACGAUUUGGUUUGAAUCUUAAGAAUGUGGAAGAAGAGCUUCUAAAUCAUUAUGCAGAUAUUGCUACCAGUGAUGGACAGAUAAAUUUCUCAGAUUUUGCCAAAUACCUGGGAAUGCCUGAAUCUGAGCCAGCACUUAUAGAUCUCUUCAAGUUGUAUGAUAAGGACAACACUGGAACUCUAGAUUUUAGAAAAUAUUUGAUGGGGUAUUAUCAGUACUGUAAACCUGCCAACACAGAAGAAACCCUCAAAUGGGGCUUCAAGCUGUUGGAUCAUGAAGGCAAGGGGCAGGUCUUCCUUGAGGAUGCUAUAGAGGCUCUCCAAACCUCCUUGGACAUAACUCCAGAAGAAGUUACUCGCAUAUUUAAGCAAGCAGACCAAAAUGAUAAAGGCUACAUUACAUAUGAGGAUUUUGAGGCUCAUGCCAAGAGGAAACCAGAGUAUGCCAAGAUCUUCCUUUUAUUCCAAGAAAGCCUGAAGCAGGGCACGCGGCCAAGGACAGGGCAUUUACCACCACCAGGGAAGAAGAAAGCUGAUUAACAAUUUGUUUCUGUUUUCACCCAGUUUACCUAUUUUAAUGUUAUUUAUAAAGGGACGUUUUUUAAGUUUGUAUAUUGUUUACUAACAAGUGUACAUUAUCUAUUGUCAUGUUGGUUCAUUAUCCCCUUGUAUAACACUACCUAAUGUGAAUAUGCAUUUUUCUUUUACUUUAUAUUUGAGUAACUUAUCAAUAUUGUAAAACUGCAUUGGAGUACAGAUGCUCCCCAACUUAUGAAUGAGUUAUUUUCCAGACACCUAUUCAUAAGCUGUUAUGUUCUUAAAUUGUUGAUUUAUAAUAUUAUGUUCUUAAAUUAUUGAUUUAUAAAACAUUUUGGUUGUACAGUACCCUGUUGAGUUUUAUGCUUGCUUUCUUCCAAAGCCAUGAUGCUAAACUUGAAGAUUGCAAAACUUGGGAUAUAAAGAAUACUGAAAAACAAUUAUUUAUGCCAACCACAUAGCCUAGUACUGUGUGAGUGUAUGUUUUGUCCUCCCAUUCAACAUGAUGCUGUGGUGCAGCUGCAACAGAAUGUGUUUUGCCCUUACAUUUGUAGUGAUGCAGCAGAGCAGCCACCACAUGAGAUGUUUUGUCAUCACGUUCAAUAUAACACAGUGGUGGAGUGCCAUCACAUUUCAAAUUGUGUGAGGGUGUGUGUUUUGUCCUCACAUUUGGUGAAACACAGCUGUGUAGCAGAAAGCGAAAACAACAUAGCACCUCUUUAUCUUGAUGUAACAGGUGACUUGUUUGUAUCUCCUUAUGUUCAUAACUCAGAUGUUCAUGAAUCAGGGAGCAUCUGUAUAUGUACCUCUGCCAAAACUAUUUAAAAUCUUACAAAUUCAGUUGCUUCAAAUUAUUAAACUGUAAUUGAGAAGUAAUAAUAUUAGACACAAUGCAUAGAGGGCUUUCCCUGGACAUCGAAGGAAGAAAAGUUAAGCAGGGAGGAAUAGAAAUUUUUCAAGAGAGUGUAAAAGCUGAAUGGUAAGACUGAAUUUAUGGCAGUGAUACUUUGGGAGUCAGGGUUCAAAUUCCACUGUUCGUACAUGGCACUUGGUGAGGACAUUCUACAUUUAAUUUGUUGGUUUAUUUUGUCAUUGUUGAUCCUGUCCAGUAUGGGAUCAUUAAUGGAAUGUAAAGAACACAAAAAAAAAAAAACUAAAUUUGUGUAAUAAUUGUUUUGUUUUAAACCUAUUUUUGUUUUACCAUAUGAGAGAUAGGUAAUUAAGUAAUGGGAAGAGCAUGUUAUGAAGAUUUAUAGUACAUAGAUUACAGGCAUGGUAUUUACUGUCAUGCCUUGAAUGUUUUAUUACUCUUUAUCACUCCAUAUUCAUUCAUGAGAAAGAUUUCAGAUUGUUAUACUAUAGCAGUGAUUGAAUAUUGUAUUUUUUGUUUUUAUAGUGCACCACGUCAUGCACUGAUACAAAGACUUUGGUAAAUCAUGUACUGAUAAAAGACUAAUUAUACCCUUGUCAGCUGCAGUACCACUAUGUAUUCCAUUGGGAAGUACUUUUAUGUGAAUUAAUGUGCUUUAUUUUGUCCAUUAAUACAGUUUUGUGUUUGUUUUAUAAUUAUCUGCCAGGUGGAAGUAUGUUCCAUGCAAACAACCAGACUAGCUGAUGCAGUGAGAACAUUAAGAAACCAUUUUAGUUCAUGUAAAAAUUGGCUGAAAUUAUCAUUACAAGAAUACUUUAAUUAAAAAAAAAUUAUAUAAAUUUAGUUUUAGUAAUAAAGAAUAAAAUGGACUCUAUGCCUACUCCCAUGUUGAGAACAGAACCAACAUUCACACCUCAUGAUGCAGGAUUCUCUCCCGUUUGGUACACUGAUAUUGAGAUUUCUUAGAAGUUAUGCUUUGUUAAGUAUAAAGAUUACAAAUAAAUGUUUAAUAUCUGUAAUACCACUAAUUACUGGCAGUUUAUGACUUAUCAAUGAUUGUGAAAAAUCUGAUCUUUAUACCAGUGACGUGAUGAUUAGUUGGUGUGGAAAAUCUGAUCUUUAUACCAGUGACGUGAUGAUUAGCUGGAUAUGAUUAACAAUCUACUUCAAAAUUUCAGGAAGUUCUAUAUAACCAUCAUUGUUGCUAAAUAUUUAUUCUACCUCAUUGUGUUAAUUUUGUGUAAUUCAAAUGAAACUUCUGCUAAUUCUGGAGGGGAUUGCUUGUUGAUUGCAAGCAAUAGACAACUACCCUUUUUUCAGCCCAACUAGACUGUCAAAGGGUAACUGAUAAGGCUCAUAGAAUAUUCUUGUACAAGUAUAUUGACUCCCAGUCCACGACAUGAAAGCAGUUUCUGCUCAUGGAAUGUAAACUAAGGGAUGGUGACCAAGUCAAAUCCAGGUUAGGAAUUUUGCAGCUCAGAUUAAACCAUAAUUUGGACAGUUAUAAAUAUAGUUUGUGUACAAUUUCCUAGACUAAGAAGAAUGAAGUAACCUUAGAAAUUAGAAUAGAAAAGACCUUUUACCUCCAGUAGACAACUGAGACUUGCUAGACCCUCGAGUUGGCAAUAGGACUAGAGUCAAUAGUUGAAGUGUACUUAAUGACUUCCUCCACUAAUGUAGGUGGCCAUCUCUGGUGCCAAAUGUUGCUUAUCUGUAUUUCUUGUGUUAUUAACACCAAACUAUAGUAGUAUUGACAUUCUGCUAGAUGACAAGGAGUGAAUAUAGUCCAUAAAUAGCUGUGAUAUGCUCUCCUAAAUGAAAAUUAUGUAGUAUAAGCAUAGUAUAAGUGGCCUGAUGGUAUAGUGAAUAGUGCACUCCACUCAAAAGAGGUUAUGCCAUGUGGAGACAAUUGGGGCAGGUCUCCUUUCAUCCUGUAGUCCCUGUUUACUUAGCAGUGAAUAGGUGCAUACCAUAGUCAAGAAGUUGUGAUCUCCCUGUUUGAGGUGCAGAAGGCCAACACUGCCCUCUGUUGAAUGUGUGUGUGUGUAUGUGUGUGUGUGUGUGUGUGUCUGCAUUGCUACAAAAGACCAGAAAUGGUCUGUGCUACACCACAUGAGUGGUAAGCAGGUGAGGUCUUAAAAAGAUUGUAGAUUUUAGAAAUAAGGUAAAAGCUUAGGAUUUCAUAGAUUGUUAAGUUUUCUCAAAUUUGAAUUUGUUAGUCAUUAAUAUUCCUUUCCAUUAAAGACAAACAAGAAAUAUAGUAGUCAACUUAAGAAAAUUCUACUAAACUAUCCACCUGCAAAGUGUGAAAUCAGUGCUUCCCUGCAAUAUAUAACCUUGCCAGUUGAUGCUGGGGUAUUUAGCCAGUUGUAAAUUGUCAAGUGAGAUAGCCCUUAUCAUCAUGUAUUUACAGUACUGUCUAAGAGUAAUGGAAGCCAUUCCUGAUUUUUACACCAUGAAAAUGCACAUAUGUAAAGUAGUACUCAAUACACUUCUUGAGUAUUAAUAAUUAUUAGGUGCAGAGAAAAGAAUCAUGUAAGCUACUUAUCUCUAAAGAAAAACAAGAUGUGCAUGGUAAAUACUGCAGUUUCUAUGAAGCCAACAUGUAAUUGUAUCUUACAAUAUGUUAUAUUAAAGUACUUACCUGCUUACAAAAUUUGUCAAUGACACUCCAAAUGUAAAUGUUUGAGGUGUUUACUAUAUUCAGUGUUACAUUUAUAAACUGUUAAUAGUGUGUUUUGAUAAGAAAUUGUACUCUCAAAUAUGUAUGUUUUAAUGGGGAUACAAGUAUGUACAAAAUAGUGAAAUUUUUAGUUGUACUAAAUUUUGAAUCAUAGUUUUUCCUGCUUCAGUAGCUUGCUUCUGCAAAUUAUUAUUUUUUUUCUUUUUAGCACUAUAACAUGUAAUGAAUUUUUAUCAUUAUAUAUAUAUAUAUAUAUAUAUAUAUAUAUAUAUAUAUAUAUAUAUAUAUAUAUAUAUAUAUAUAUAUAUAUAUAUAUAUAUAUAUAUAUAUAUAUAUAUAUAUAUAUAUAUAUUUAUUUAUUUAUAGUGAUACCUUGUAAUUCAAACUUAAUUGGUUCUUUUGGGCUGUUGGAAUUAGGAAUGUUCAAAAUGGGAAGCAAUUCAUCCCAUUCAAAUUAGUGUAAAAAGGAUUAAUCUGUUCCAGGCCCCAAAAUCCACCGGCCCCUUUUUUUUUAUGGGUUUAUGAUGUGCCCUAAACAUAAAAUUGAAUGAAAAUAACCUAAAUUGUUUAUAUAGAAAAAAAUACAGUAAAAGAAAACAUGAAGUACCAUAUAUUUCUGCAUAUAAGACAUCAUUUAAAUCAUCUUAAAAAGACAAAAGUGGGUUAUCCUGUGCAUCAGAUACAAAAACAAUGACCUGAAGAUUUUACACAAAAUACCAUUGUAAAUAAACACCAACCUCAAAAUGAAUAAUCAUCAAAAGUUCCUCCUAGUCUUGAAAACAGUUGCUGUAGUGUAUGCAUUUUUUUUUAUUUUUCACUAAAAUCCUCUCUCUCUCUCUCUCUCUCUCUCUCUCUCUCUCUCUCUCUCUCUCUCUCUCUCUCUCUCUCUCUCUCUCUCUCUCU